AUGUCAUCAAAUAAUUUUUCCGUGACUUUUUCGAAAACCCCAGCGGUCAGCAGUGACGUCAUCGGAAAUGACGUAUACACCGCGCUGGACAUCUUCCUCAACUGCUUCGCCAUCAACUUCCUGUCCCUGAUUGGCCUUGUGGGAAACUUGAUCAACAUCCUGGUCUUGUCCCGCCACGACCAAUCCCAGACGACCACCAUCUUGCUGACGUCACUCUCCGUCAUCGACCUCCUGUGUUCCUUCUUCCAGCCGUUCCGUCGUCUGCAGUGUCUGGUCGCCCAGUUCGACCCGCCCCUCGCCGCCUCCUACCGGACGUUCGUCACGGCGUACGUCUACAACCUCGUCGACAUCCUCAUGGCCAUGGGGAUAUGUCACGUGACCGCCAUCGCCGUGGAGAGAUUCACCGCGGUCUUGUUCCCGUUACACGUGUCUCGCGUCUUCACCCCCUGGCGCGUCAAGACGUUGAUCCUCGGGAUUUACAUCACCACCCUCGGGCUCCUCGCCCCCAUGUUUUUUCGACUCACCCACGACUGGGGUUACGAUCCUAAACUCAACACCACCGUCGCUAAAGUCGUCUUCAGCAAAUUUUAUGUCGAGAAUUUCGAUUCCUUUAACUUUUACACCCGCACCUUCAUCAACAACCUUUUCUCAACAAUACCACUUUUGAUAAUUUUCAUCUGUUCUUCAGCCAUCACUAUUAAAUUAUCAACCGGGGACUCGAAAAAAAUCAUCAAAAACUCCAACGUGGAUAAGUCUUCGAAAAAGAUCAAGGAAGCUAAAGUAGCGAAGAUGUUGUUGGCGGUGUGUCUGGUGACGUUCGUUGCCUACCUGCCGUCUGCUGUCAUCUACACGUUCAUGCAGUACGCCAACAUCCCCGUUCUGCUGUCAGGGAACGUCUUCUAUAUUCUACAGAGCGCCAUCUGUGUCCUAUACCAGCUCAACGCUUCGUCCAACUUCUUCAUCUACGUCACCAUGAGUUCAAAGUUCGCCUCGACGUACAGGAGUUUGUUUAAGGAAUAA